GAGCCCCAGACUUUGUGGACCCUGCAGGGCAGCCCCUGUCCCAGCCGGCCCAGUCCUGGGUGUGGCUGGUGGAUCUGGAGCGUACUGCAGGCCUGCUGGUGGGCCGCUGCCUGGGGGGCAUGCUGCAGGGAGCACCCCCCUCCCUAGAGGAACAGGAUACAGGCUACUGGCUGAAAACCCCCUGUUCAGCAACGGCCUGGAGAUGGACAUCCCUCAACUAGAUAACUGCAUCAGCUGGCUGUUAGAGGAGGCCCUCUCAGGUAACGAGGAGCAGAAACCAGUUGACUGUCCUCUGAGAGCAGACAUGAGCGUCCUGGUGGAGCUGGCCCUGGGCUCCACUAAGGAACCCACCAACAGUCUCUGGAGCAACAUGCAGGACUACGCCACCAGCAAAGACUGGGACAACGCCUCUCUCUGUAAUGAGACCUUAUUGGACACCGUGUCCAGGUUUGUCCUGGCUGCUCUGCUGAAGCACACCGGCCUGCUGGGCCAAGCCUGUGGAGAGGGCAGGUACCAGCCUUGUAAGAUGCUGGCUGAGGUCUACCGUUGUGUCUACAAGGUCCGGAACCGCCUGCUGGCCUGCAAGAACAUGAACGUUGUCCAGACACGCUCGUCUUCCCGCGAGAGGAGGAUUUCAGACAAUCAGGACUCGCUGGAGAUGGACCCCCAGGAGCACUCGUUCACGAGGACCAUCGACGAGGAGGCGGAGCUAGAAGAGAGGACGGACCGAGAAAGGGAGGAUGUGAAUCAGGAGCAGGAUGAGGAAGAGGAGGAGAGAGAGCACGAAGUCAUGACCGCUGGGAAAAUCUUUCAAUGUUUCCUCUCAGCGCGGGAGGCGGCGAGGAGCCGAGAGAGAGAGAGGGCCAGCAGCAGCGCCGGGGGAGGCCUGACCUCAGGAGGAACCAGAGGGGGAGGGGAGACGGAGGCCUCGACAUCCCAGGAGGAGCAUCACGGGAGAGACGGCUGUACGGGGCUGCCUGAGGGACAGGACCUGUACACAGCCGCCUGUAACUCUGUGGUCCACCGCUGUGCUCUGCUGGUGCUGGGGGUCAGCCCUGUACUGGGGGAACUGGGGAUGGAGCACCAGGACGAGGGACACGGCAGCUUCCAGUCAGCCGGACUGGGACAGCAGGACGGGACGGGCUUCAUGACCAGGAGUGAGAGUCUGAGUACAGAGAGCUGUUCGGUCCAGUCCAGUCCCAACUACAGGCUGAUGAAGUCCAGGAGCGAAUCAAAUCUGUCCCUGUCUGAUGAGGAGGGAUGCACUCUGAGUGGCAGGAGAAACGUGGAUCUGGACCUGACAUUUUCUCAGAAAAAGAGAGGUCUACUCCACAGUUCUCCAGACUCCCUGGCUGACUCAUGGUUCAGGGUGAAACACAGUAGGGACCAGCUGUACGGUUCUCCCCUCUACCAAUCCUAUGAGGAGUCGGACCUGGACCUGAGCCGCUCGCUGGGGGUUCACGCCCUCAUAGAGAACAUCGUCAGCUUCAUCAGUGGAGACGUGGGAAACACCCCCGCCUUCAAAGAGCCCGAGGAGAGCAUGUCUACUAGUCCACAAGGAACCAUGCUGGCUAUGGAGCAACAACAGAACAGAGCUGAGCUGCGUCUGGAGGCUCUACACCAGAUCGUGGUGCUGAUCUCUGGGAUGGAGGAGAAGAGUAGCCAGGCUGCAGGAGGUGGUGGCAGCGGACCAGGUGUUCGACCCAGCCCCAGCGUCGCCUUCCAGUCCUCCUCCCUCCUCACCUCCGUCAGGUUACAGUUCCUGGCUGGAUGUUUCGGUCUAGGGACCGUGGGCACCGGGGGACUGAAGGGAGAGAAUGUCCAGCUACACCACUACCAGGACGGUGUUAACGCAGCCAAGCGGAGCCUGCAGAUGGACAUCCAGACAGCCGUGCAUAAGAUCUACCAGCAGCUGUCUGUCACGCUGGAGAGAGCCCUGCAGGCCAACAAACAUCACAUAGAGGCCCAGCAGCGCCUCCUGCUGGUGACAGUGUUUGCCCUGAGCGUGCGUUACCAGUCUGUGGACGUGUCCCUGGCCAUAUCCAGUGGCCUCCUCAAUGUGCUGUCACAGCUGUGUGGCACAGAAACCCUGCUGGGACAACCACUCCAGCUGCUACAGAAACCAGGGGUGUCUCAGCUCAACACUGCCCUGAAGGUGGCCUCCACACGACUCCUGCAGAUACUGGCCAUCAGCACCGGGACGUACGCAGACAAGCUAGGACCCAAGGUGGUCCAGUCCCUGUUGGACUUGCUGUGUAGCCAGCUGAAGAACCUUCUGUCCCAGGCAGGAGUCAGCCUGCUCACUGCCGACCCAGGGAAGAACCAGGAGAACCAGGACAAGAAGUCUGAGGAUGGAGCCGACCCAGAGAAGACAGACUUCAGAGCGUUGGUGCGUAAGCAGCACACAGCAGAGCUUCACCUGGGAGACUUCCUGGUGUUCCUGAGGCGAGUCGUCUCCUCCAAGGCCAUCCAAUCCAAGAUGUCUUCUCCAAAGUGGACAGAGGUGCUGCUCAACAUCGCUGCACAGAAAUGCUGCUCAGGAGUCCCUCUGGUGGGCAACCUGAGAACUCGUCUCCUGGCCCUUCAUGUUCUGGAGGCUGUGCUGCCUGCCUGCGAGGCCAGUGUAGAGAACGACCAGAUGACACAGGUGGUGGAGCGUCUCUUCUCCCUGCUGGCUGACUGUAUGUGGGAAGCUCCCAUCGCCCAGGCCAAGCACACCAUCCAGAUGAAGGAGAAAGAGCAGGAGCUGAAACUACAGGGCGAGGAGGAGGAUGAGAACCUUCCCAUCCAGGAGGUGUCGUUUGACCCGGAGAAGACUCAGUGUUGUGUGGUGGAGAAUGGCCAGGGUCUGACCCACGGCAGCGGGGGGAAGGGAUAUGGACUGGCCUCUACCGGCAUCUCCUCUGGGUGCUACCAGUGGAAGUUCUACAUUGUGAAGGAGAACCGUGGGAACGAGGGGACGUGCGUCGGGGUGUCCCGUUGGCCUGUCCACGACUUCAACCACCGCACCACAUCAGACAUGUGGCUGUACCGGGCCUACAGCGGGAACCUGUACCACAACGGAGAGCAGACCCUCACCCUCUCCUCCUUCACCCAGGGAGACUACAUCACCUGUGUGUUGGACAUGGAGGCACGCACCAUCUCCUUCGGGAAGAACGGAGAGGAGCCCAAGUUAGCCUUCGAGGACGUGGACGCCACAGAGCUCUACCCCUGUGUCAUGUUCUACAGCAGUAACCCUGGAGAGAAGGUGAAGAUCUGUGAUAUGCAGAUGCGGGGUACCCCUCGUGACCUCCUGCCCGGUGAUCCUAUCUGCAGCCCUGUGGCCACAGUCCUGGCUGAGGCCACCACACAGCUCAUCAGGAUCCUGCACCGCACGGACCACUGGACACACUGCAUCAACAAGAUCAUGAUGGAGAGGCUACACAAAAUCAAACCCUGCUUCAGAGACUCAGCCAACGGUACUGGAGGAGGAGGUCAGAGGUUAAAGAAGAGUCGUUCGGUGCAGAGCAGAGAGGAGCAUGACGCCCAGAGGGACUCGUCCAGGGACCCCCAGAGAGGGGAGGAGGAGAGGGGCCGGCCGGGACACGGGAGCCGCCAGGGGCAUGGAGGUCUGGGGGAACUCUCUGACCACCACCUCAGGACCCUCUGUACAGAGGUGUGGCCUGUGCUGGCGGUGAUGGGGGGUGCUGACGCAGGGCUGCGUGUUGGGGGCUGUGUUCACAAACAGACCGGUCGGCAUGCUACUCUCCUGGGCGUGGUGAAGGAGGGGAGCACCUCAGCCAAGGUGCAGUGGGACGAGGCUGAGAUCACCAUCAGCUUCCCAACUUUCUGGUCGCCUAGUGACACUCCCCUGUACAACCUGGAGCCCUGCGAGCCGCUGCCCUUUGACGUGGCACGCUUCCGAGGCCUCACCGCUUCCCUGCUCCUCGACCUCACCUAUCUCACCUCCAUCCACGAGGACGCUGGGAAGCUGAGCGCCCGGCGCCACGAGAAGAGACACCGUAGCGGCGGAGGCCACGAUACGAUGACGACGACGACCGCCACGACAAACGACGACUUCAACAACAAAACUAGUGAGACGGAGCAGAGCCACCAACACAGGGUCUCCCCAGACCCCAGAGACACAACAACAACAACGGGGACCGUCACCACGGCGACAACCUCUGAUCUGAGGGUGUCACACAGCCUGGACGAGGUCAAAGCCCACGCGGUGCCCAACUCGAAAUCAGAGAGCGAGAUCUCCUCCUGCGCCUUGGACUCCCAACACCAGGGUGGAGGAGGACCAGAGACCCUCUCCCCUGCUCCUCAGACCCCCCAGGAGGGCAACAGGAGGAAGGGCCAUGAGGGCCGGGGACACGAUGGCUCUCCCUCCUCAGGGGCCAGUCAGUCUGAGAUCCAUGCGGUGCAGCUGUCCUACCUCUACCUUGGGGCCAUGAAGGCCCUCAGCACCCUGCUCUCCUGCUCCAAGUAUGUUGAGCUGCUGCUCAUACCCAAGGUCCAGGCUCAGCCGGAGCCUGCUCCCAGUGGACACAAUGCAGACCUGAACGCCGGGUCCACCCCUAGUGGCGCAGCGCCCUCGCCCGUGUGCCAGGAGGAAGUUGAGAUGAGGGCGGCACUGCAGUUCCUGAUGCGUCACAUGGUCAAGCGGGCCGUGAUGAGGUCACCCAUCAAGCGGGCGUUAGGAUUGGCCGAUUUGGAGAGGGCUCAGGCCAUGAUCUAUAAAUUGGUGGUCAGCGGGCUGCUGGACGAACACUGCAGUGGGGGCAAGUCCAGACCUGCUGACCCAGAGUGUGAGGAGGGUGGGCAGGGAGAGCAGCAGGCCCAGACCCCCAUCACCACCAGCCCCUCUGCCUCCAGCACCACCUCCUUCAUGAGCUCCUCUCUGGAGGACACGACCACAGCCACUACACCUGUUACAGACACAGAGACUGUCCCUGCCUCAGAGUCCCCUGGGGUCAUGCCUCUUAGCCUGCUCAGGCAAAUGUUCUCAAGCUACCCAACCACCACUCUGCUGCCAACGCGUCGUGCCCAGACGCCCCCGGUGUCUUCUCUCCCCACGUCUCCCUCUGAUGAGGUGGGCCGGAGACAGAGCCUCUCCUCCCCUGAGACCCAGACCUCCAGACCAGGCAACAGGACUGGGACAUCCCUGUCGGACCCCAGCAGCAGACUGUCCACCUCCCCUCCCCCCCCGGCCAUCGCUGUGCCCCUCCUGGAGAUGGGCUUCUCUCUGAGGCAGAUCACCAAGGCUCUGGAGGCUACAGGGACAGGUACCCGUGGCGAGGCCGAUGCCCAGAACAUCACGGUAUUGGCUAUGUGGAUGAUAGAACACCCCGGAACAGAGGAGGACGAGGAUGACAGUCACUCUAGAGGACAGGGGUCAGACAGCUCCUCGUGCCCAGGGGCCACAGCCUCGGGAGGGGGUAAGAGUCUGGAGAGGAGCUACCUACACUCCCCUGGAGAUAUGCCCAACGCUGACUCCGCAGACAUGGAGGAGGGCUUCAGUGAGAGUCCAGAGGGGCUGGACCAGGACAGUGCCUCUGCCUCUGCUGGUCCAACCCCCAGAGGGCGCUCUGCUGUCAGCAGGAAACACCGCUUUGACCUGGCUGCUAGGACACUGCUGGCCCGUGCUGGUGAGACUCUGUCUCUCUCUCGGUCUCUGUAUCUCUUUUUCUCUCUGUCUCUUUUUCUCUCUGUCUCUGUCUCUCUCUGGGUCUCUCUCUCUCUCUCUGUCUCUCUCUGGGUCUCUCUCUCUGUAUCUCUCUCUGUCUCUCUCUGCCUCUGUCUCUCUCUGGGUCUCUCUUUCUGUAUCUCUCUGUCUCUCGCUCUCUCUGUCUCUCUCUCUGUCUCUCUGUCUCUCUCUGUCUCUCUCUGGGUCUCUCUCUGUAUCUCUCUGUCUCUCUCUCUCUCCUCUCUCUGCCUCUGUCUCUCUCUGUGUCUCUCUGUCUCUCUCUCUCUGUGUCUCUG